GUCGUGCAAGAGAGAGACGAGGACAAUGUCCAGCUGCUCCUCAACAAUCCACAGCAGACUGCUCACUCCUGCGAGGAAUGAGAAGGUGGUUUGUGUGUGUGUUGACGCUCACUUCGGACGAGGAACCUCCAGCUGCUCUGACUACGCUUCUUCAUGCAGGUUAGAACCUUGGCACGCGGAACCCUACAGACAUAUUACACCAGUGCGACAUCCACACAGACGUUCAAGUGGUCACUGCAAAGGUUCAUUAACUAGGUCAACAUGUUGUGGUCUCUCCUGCUGCUGCUCCUGCUGCCAAGUCAAGGCGUGUCCUCAGGAGACGAGUGCAGCUGUGACACGUCCAACAGUCGCUGUGACGACUCAGGAGUGUGCAGGCGAGUGCGACCCCGGCUGGGACGGCGAGCGCUGCCAACGUUGCGUGCCGACGCCGGGCUGCGUCCACGGAAGCUGCCGGCGACCUUGGCAGUGCGAGUGCCUGCCUGGCUGGGCGGGGCGCUUCUGUGACAAAGACCUGGACGCGUGCUCGCGGCAGCCAUGUCACAACGGCGCCUCGUGCGUGAUGGACGACAGCGGCGACUACACCUGCGCCUGUCCGCCGGACUUCUACGGUCCAAACUGUCAGCUGAAGGCGGGGCCGUGCCUGCAGAACAAGUCGGCAUGUCAAAAUGGCGGCCAGUGCGAAGACGACCGCGGCUUCGCGGCCCAGCUGACAUGUCGCUGCCUGGCGGGUUUCGGCGGCCCGCGCUGCGAGGUCAACGUAGACGACUGCGCCAUGGCGCCUUGUGCCAACGGCGCCACCUGCUUGGACGCCAUCAACCGCUUCCUGUGCGUCUGCCCCGUUGGUUUCACGGGACGAUUCUGCACGGUCAACUUGGACGACUGCGCCAGUCGGCCCUGCCUGAACGCCGGCCGCUGCCUUGACCUCGCCGGAAGCUUCCGCUGCGUUUGCGGGCUGGGCUUCGCCGGUGUCACCUGCGAGGUGCCGCUGAGGGUCGGCGGCGGGCGCGAGUGGCGAGGACGCCAUCCGACCAACGGCGGGAGCACCAACAGCACGGACGCCAUCAAUGUGCUCUUCAGGGUCACAUUCAGCGAGCCCAGUAUCGGCCUGUCGAGGGCGGAGCUUAUUUCAGUGCUUGUGUUGGCGGGGCUGACGUUGGGCGCCGUCUCGCUGACUGCCGCCGUCGUACUGCGGGGUCAUUGCACAGCUUGUGGACACGCCCCCUGGAAGCGGCGGCGAGCGCAACAGAUCCAUGACGACUGUCACAUAAACUUCCUGCACGCGGCUGAGAGGAAGUUGAACUCUGAACCCGCCCCCUCACAGCCUUUAUAUGCCGAUGAACGCUGAUGUCAACCAUCAUCUGGUCGAACUUUUCAAAAUAAGAGCGUGAGUUGCGUGAAACACCACUACGCCAUUUCCAACUUCCUUUUGUCCCGCACAGACUGGUCCAACGUGGCAACAUUCCGCACUCAUUCCUCGCUCCUUUAAUCAGCGGGUCAAAGGUCAGCGAUUGUAGACGCGAACAAUAUUUUUGAGCACAACUGGAAAUAUUUGUGUGACAAUAAAAUCAGGCACUUCCUGUUUA